GCAAAAGCUCUCUGACAACACGUUAUCCAUUCACUGGCUUGGGUAUUGUUUGAGACGCUGCUCAUGGUUUUGCAAGGUUCAGUCAUAACAGCAGUUUACGUCACAAACAUUGUUUUCACCGCCACUGUUAUGGUUUUCUUUUUGAGGGUAUAACUCUUGCUUUGACCAAUCAUGUUGAUGACUGAUUUUGCUGUCUUUUCUGGCUGGUGGAUGUUUUUGUGUGAGCGAGGGCAAGUGCUACUCCUCUCUCUGGAACCAAUCAGUGGCAAGGCCAGAGGUCACCACUAUAUUAGCUCUGCAGUCAGACGUAACUUAUUCAAAAACAGCAGCAAGGAGUAUUUAGAGGUUUUUACAGCAGAACAACUUCAUAUUUUAAACUGGAUUUCAAAGCAUCUCCAGCAGUCAUGGCACCGAUUUUACUUAACUGUAUGGGGAAUGACCACAACGAAUGUAUCAAACAACAUGUGCAAGUGAAAAAUCCCUACUUGGACACCAUGGAGGAGGAUAUUCUCUACCACUUCAACUUGAGUACCAAGACUCACAACCUUCCAGAAAUGUUUGGAGAUAUUAAGUUUGUGUGUGUUGGUGGCAGUGCGAAUCGAAUGAAGGCUUUUGCCCAGUUCAUCCACCAGGAGCUGGAACUGCCUGGAAACCCAGAGGAAGUCAGAGAUAUCUGUGAGGGAACUGAUCGCUACUGCAUGUAUAAAGUGGGACCAGUGCUCUCUAUAAGUCAUGGCAUGGGUGUCCCCUCUAUCUCCAUCAUGCUGCAUGAGCUCAUCAAACUGCUGCACCAUGCUCAGUGCCGUGACGUGGUCCUGUUUCGCCUUGGAACAUCUGGUGGAGUUGGUCUGGCUCCAGGGACUGUGGUGGUCACGGAUAAAGCAGUGGACUACUCCUUCCGCCCCCAGUUUGAGCAGGUGGUUCUGGGUAAAGUUAUCACCAGGAGCACUGAGCUGGACAAGGGAGUGGCCAGCGAGCUUCUGCAGUGCUCCUCUGAGCUUCAGAACCUUCCCACAGUGAUUGGAAACACCAUGUGCACCCAUGACUUCUAUGAAGGUCAAGGCCGACUUGAUGGAGCUCUCUGCUCCUUCUCCCAUGAGGAAAAACUGGAGUAUCUGAGGAAAGCUUACGAGGCCGGAGUGAGGAAUAUUGAAAUGGAGUCCACCGUAUUUGCUGCUAUGUGCCGUGUCUGUGGCCUCAAAGCGGCUGUAGUCUGCGUUACAUUGCUGAACCGCUUUGAGGGGGACCAGAUCACCUCCCCUCAUGAUGUUCUGGUGGAGUACCAGCAGAGACCUCAAGUCCUGGUGUCCCACUUUAUCAAGAAGCAUCUGGGACAUAUCAUCUGAGACCCUUGCAUCCCCCAUCCCAACAUCAGUCUCCCAAAUAGAGUGUAUAUAGCUUUGACAGAUAUGUGGAUAUGUAUAUAUACUGUACUUAACAUGUUAAUAUGUGCAUUAGAAACUUAUUUAAGAAGUUGUUCAAAAUGAUAUGAUUUCUUUGUAGUAUGUAUUGCAUAGUUUAAUAUUUAAUACUCUGGUACUUAUGUAAGUUAACAUUAAUUUUCAAAAAAAAAAAGUGUUCUGUAUGAUUUUAAAAUUUGACUUAAGCUGAUGAUACACGGAGCAACUUUGGUGCUGGGCAAUGUUGCCAUCAAUGGUAAUGAGUAAAGAUAACUAC